ACGCACACACCGCCACCGCCACCACUCCUCCAUUUAUUAACCCCCCUCCGCCCUCCUUCUCCCUCAUCGCCAUCGACCGACGCCACGCCACCACCCUUCCUCCUCUCACUCCGCGCCGCGUGCUCACUACGGAUUUAAGAAACUACAGUCUGUAGGGUAUGGCGACACCCUACACGCCCAAGAGCAUCCUCAUUACGGGAGCUGCUGGCUUCAUCGCUUCCCAUGUCACAAACCGCAUUGUUCGCAACUACCCUGAUUACAAGAUUGUCGUCCUUGACAAGCUUGACUACUGCUCUAAUCUGAAGAACCUGCUCCCUGCCAGCUCCUCACCAAACUUCAAGUUUGUCAAGGGCGAUAUUGCCAGCGCUGAUCUUGUCAACUACCUCCUGGUCACAGAGAACAUUGAUACUAUUAUGCACUUUGCAGCCCAGACACAUGUUGACAAUUCAUUUGGGAACUCUUUUGAGUUCACCAAGAACAACAUUUAUGGUACUCAUGUUCUUCUUGAAGCUUGCAAGGUCACUGGCGGACAGAUCAGGAGGUUCAUCCAUGUUAGCACUGACGAGGUCUAUGGGGAGACAGAUGAGGAUGCAGUGGUUGGCAACCAUGAGGCCUCACAGCUUCUCCCCACAAACCCCUAUUCAGCAACCAAAGCUGGAGCAGAGAUGCUUGUUAUGGCUUAUGGGAGAUCCUAUGGUCUGCCUGUUAUCACUACCCGGGGAAAUAAUGUGUAUGGUCCUAACCAGUUUCCUGAGAAGCUUAUCCCCAAGUUCAUUCUUUUGGCUCUGAGAGGAAAGCCCCUCCCAAUUCAUGGUGAUGGAUCCAAUGUCCGGAGCUACCUCUAUUGUGAAGAUGUUGCCGAGGCUUUUGAGGUCAUUCUUCACCGUGGAGAAGUUGGACAUGUUUACAACAUUGGAACCAAGAGAGAGAGGACAGUCACUGAUGUGGCAAAGGAUGUCUGCAACCUUUUCAAUCUUGAAGCUGAUAAAGUUAUCCAGUAUGUUGAUAAUAGACCUUUCAAUGAUCAGAGGUACUUUUUGGAUGAUGAGAAGCUUAAGAGUCUUGGGUGGUCUGAGCGCACUAGAUGGGAGGAGGGCCUGAGGAAGACAAUGGAAUGGUAUGUGGCUAAUUCUGACUAUUGGGGUGAUGUUUCUGGUGCAUUGUUGCCUCAUCCGAGGACAUUGAUGAUGCCUGGGUCUGAGGGCUCUGAGGAAGUUAAAGGAAUGCUAAAUCUGUUCACUAACAAUCAGACCAAGAUGGUGACUCCAGUAUCAAAAGGUUCUUCCAAAACUCAUUCUCUAAAGUUCUUGAUAUAUGGCCGGACAGGAUGGAUUGGUGGGCUUCUUGGGAAAAUAUGUGAGAAGCAAGGAAUUCCAUACGAAUAUGGAAAAGGUCGCUUGGAAGAGCGCUCUUCAAUCGUCCUUGAUAUCCAAUCUGUGAAGCCAACACAUGUCUUCAAUGCUGCUGGUGUUACUGGCAGACCCAAUGUGGAUUGGUGUGAGUCCCACAAGCCGGAAACAAUACGCACCAAUGUUGUGGGCACCUUGACUCUAGCUGAUGUGUGUAGGGAGCAUGGGUUAUUGGUGAUGAACUAUGCCACUGGGUGCAUAUUUGAAUAUGAUGCAAAUCAUCCUGAAGGGUCAGGCAUCGGCUUCAAAGAAGAGGAUACACCAAACUUUACGGGUUCAUUCUACUCAAAGACCAAAGCAAUGGUUGAGGAACUGUUGAAGGAGUACGAGAAUGUCUGCACUCUGCGAGUCCGGAUGCCAAUAUCGUCUGACCUCAGCAAUCCCCGAAACUUUAUCACAAAGAUUAGCCGUUACGACAAGGUGGUAAACAUCCCAAACAGCAUGACAGUGUUGGACGAGCUUUUGCCAAUUUCAGUUGAGAUGGCUAAAAGGAACUUGCGGGGCAUCUGGAACUUCACCAAUCCUGGUGUAGUUAGCCACAAUGAGAUCUUGGAGAUGUAUAAGAAAUACAUUGACUCCAGCUACAAGUGGUCAAACUUCACGCUAGAAGAACAGGCCAAGGUCAUUGUGGCACCUCGGAGCAACAAUGAGAUGGAUGGGGCAAAGCUGAGCAAGGAGUUCCCUGAACUGCUAUCUAUCAAAGACUCAUUGAUCAAGUAUGUUUUUGAGCCCAACAGGAAGGUCCCAGCAAAUUGAAGCCAAAACAGGUGAUAUAGAAAUACCAAGCACUGUAAGAGUUUAGGAGCAAUUCCACCGUGAUUCUUUAGAUGUUUUAUGAUACUACACACCAUAUCUCUAUUAUAGAUUCACAGCAUCGUUUGAACCAUAUGUUCGGCAAUCUUCUUGUGAUAGCAAGAUAUUUGCCUUGCUUGUUGUAGUGACCACUCGAUGAGUUAUAAAUUCUUCAGUGUGCGUGUACCAUGUUUGUUCUGUCAAGAAAAGAAUUUACAGUAUCUUGUGUACUCUUUAA